AUGCCAUUUGUUAAACCACUUACAAUCGGCGGGCGUGCAAUGAGCCGCACCUCAGUGGCCACUGCUUUGUCGACACCAUCCAGACACUUUUCUGUCACCCCGAACAUAUAUCAAGGAAUCACUCUUCUGCAAGACAAACAAAAUGGAUUUGGCUUCGCGCGGUCAAACCCAAGGCCUGCCAAACCCAGAACGAAGGGUGUCACUGAGAUCCGUGGCCCAUACUAUUCGAUGGUCUCAAAUUUGCCGGAGGUGAGUCCCAACAGGGCUUCGGUUCUCGCCAGAAACGAGAGCGCUGAGACAAAGCCAGGAGCCUUUUCUCUCUUUCAUGAGAAACCACUGCGGGAAUUGGUAGAUCUCGCUCACGAGCACGGCGUGUACAUCUCAACGGGUGGAUGGGCUGAGCAUCUCCUCACACACCCCGAUCCGAAUACGGUGUUUGACCGCUACUUGAGAAAAUGCAAGGAUCUCGGACUCGACGUGAUUGAACUAUCUUCUGGUUUUCUGUCAAUUCCAGAGGAUGACUGGCUCCGCCUUAUUGAUAAAGUCCACUCAUACAAGUUGGAACCAAAGCCUGAAUUGGGGAUUCAAUUCGGAGCUGGUGGAGACACACCUGCCUCAGGACUUGAAGCAAUUGGAACCUCCGACCCUGGCAAAUUGGUGAACUCGGGUCGUAGAUUCCUCGAUGCCGGUGUGAAGCGGUUGAUGAUUGAGUCAGAAGGUAUCACUGAAAACGUCACCGCCUGGCGGACUGAUGUGGUGUCGAAGAUCAUGAAGGAGCUUCCUGCUGAGCGUGUCAUGUUUGAAGCGGCAGAUCCCAAGGUCUUUAGCUGGUACGUCCGUGAGUUUGGUAUGGAUGUCAACCUGUUUGUGGAUCACAGCCAGAUUGUGCAGUUAGAAUGCCUGCGGACUGGCAUCUGGGGCACUGCCGACACCUGGGGCAAGAUAGUGUCGUUCCGGUCAUGA